AUGGCUACCGGAUCAGUUCUUGUUACGGGGGGGACGGGCUACAUCGGCUCCUUCACGGCGCUCGCCCUGCUCGAGGCUGGUUACAAAGUUGUCGUGGUCGAUAGUCUGUACAAUUCCUCGGAGGAGGCACUCAAUCGUAUAGAAUUGAUUUGUGGAAAGCGUCCGGAGUUCGUCAAGCUCGACGUUAGAGACGAGGCAGCCUUCGACAAGGUCUUUGAAGCGCACCCUGAUAUUGACAGCGUGAUCCAUUUCGCAGCUCUAAAGGUAAGUUGGUUACUCUCCCAGUCAACUAGAGGACUGUUAAGUGGUGUUGCAUAUUACUGUUUGCUAACUUGUUUUGCCCAGGCUGUUGGUGAAUCCACUGAACGUCCGCUAGACUACUACGACGUCAACGUUCAUGGCUCGAUCUGUCUGCUGCGGUCGAUGGUGCGUCACAAUGUAACCAACAUCGUCUUCUCGAGCUCAGCGACCGUGUAUGGAGACGCUACUCGCUUCCUAAACAUGAUUCCCAUUCCGGAGGAAUGUCCCUUGGGCCCAACCAACCCAUACGGGAAUACAAAAGUUGCAAUCGAAUCAGCGAUAACCGACAUGGUCAAUUCGGAGAGAGCCCGGGCAAAGAGAGCUGGAAAGCCAGAAGAUGUCGAGAAGUGGAACGGUGCCUUGUUGCGGUAUUUCAAUCCGGCUGGUGCUCACCCCAGUGGAAUCAUGGGUGAAGACCCCCAAGGUGUUCCGUAUAACUUGCUUCCUUUGCUCGCGCAGGUUGCAAAUGGAAAGAGAGAGAAACUCUCCGUGUUCGGCAAUGUGGCUAACCAAUGGCCAGACUAUGCUUCCCACGAUGGCACCGCCAUCCGUGACUACAUUCACAUUCUCGACCUUGCGGAUGGCCAUCUAGAGGCGCUCAACUACCUGCGCGCAAACCAUCCUGGUGUUCGAGCAUGGAAUCUCGGUACCGGUAAGGGAAGCACUGUCUUGGAGAUGGUCAAGGCUUUCAGCGCUGCUGUUGGACGAGAUCUUCCAUACGAGAUUGCUCCUCGUCGUGACGGAGAUGUCCUCGACCUUACCAGUAACCCAUCAAGGGCCAACAAGGAGCUUGGAUGGGUCGCUAAACGAGACCUUCACCAGGCUUGCGAGGAUCUAUGGAGAUGGACUGAAAAUAACCCUCAAGGGUACCGACAGAGCCCUCCAGCAGCCCUGCUUGAAAAAUUGAAGGCGAAAUCAACGUAA